AUGGGUAAUGGCAAUGAUAGUAACGGUAAUAGCACCAACAUUAACAAUGUACCAGUUAGGAGAUCAAGGUCUCUAUCUAAAUCAAUAAAGGGGUUAUUUAAACAUAGCACUAGCAAUAAUGAUAAUUUACCUUUGGCAUCGUCCCAUAAAAAUACGGGAGCUAAUUACAAUCGUUCUACAAGAUCAAAUUCUCCUCAAUCAGCUGGCAAUGUCGCAGUGUCUUUGGAUUCGAACAACGAGGUAAACUUAAAGAAAAUGGUCAGCGCCAAGGAACUUGAAUCAAAAGGGAAAAGAAAGGGAUCUUUACAUGGUGGUCCAGCUACAAAUUCGAAUAGAAAUAAUUUUGGAUCGGUCUCCCCUGUGUCUUUAACCCCCGUUUCAUCUAGGACUUCAUCUAAUCCUAUCCCAUUCCCUGGUAGUAGUAAUGCUGGUGGUAGUUCAAUUAGUAUUAAUAGUAGUAACAACAACGGUGGUAAUAGUAUUAAUAACAAAGCAAAGAAUACACAUAGUCAAAGUUUUACAGUUGGCAGUAAUAACACUGAUGAUAGUAACAAUAAUAAUAAUAAUAAUAAUAAUAAUAAUAAUAAUAAUAACGUCAAUAUUUAUAACACUAGUAACAAAAAAGAGUCACGACAACAACCUGAUAUUCUACGAAAUACUGGUACUGUCAUUAAGGAAUUACCCGAUUUCAGCAUAGAUAGUCAAUUAGAGGAUGAUUUAUUAAAAAGAAAACUGGACUUAGAAAGGCGUACCGAAGUUAAAGAAGAUUUAGAAGAAGAAGAAAAAGAACAAGAAACAGAGCAAGAAAAGCGGAGAACGAAUGCAUUAAAUAAACUUGAAAAUUGCAUAAUACCAGAAGAGGCAGAGGAAGAGGAAGAACAGCAUCAUAAUAAUCAUACGACUACUAGUAAUAAUAAUAAUAAUAAUACUUCGACUACUAACAGCAAUAAUAAUAAUAAUAAUAACAAUAACGUUAGAAAAAAUAUUAAAAAUAAUUUAAACAAACAGGGAAGUGGUAGUCUCAGAAAUAGCAUCAAGCGUAAUAAUAGCAAAAGAAGUAACAGCAUUAGUAACAGUAACAUUAGUGUCAAUAGUAGUGUAAACGAUUUUACUAGUAGUGAUAACGAGGAAGAGUUUGAUGCAAAAUCCCAUGAUUAUGUUGAUGCCCCAGAUUAUAAGGACCACAUGGCAAGUACUAAUUACAAUAGUAAUGAUGAGACUGCUGUGGCAUCUGAUGGGAGCGAAGAUACUCAUGAAGUCAGUGAUACUAUAUUAUCUUCCAAUACCGCAUCGAAUCCUGAAAACUCAGCCUUUUUCAACAAAAAAAAGAGAUCUCAAACAUUUUCUAGAAAGCAUUUACCAAAGGGUCUUUUGUUCAAUUCUAAACCUGUAACAACAACUAGCAAUUCUACUAUUGUCAAUACAGUCUCGACACCCUCUUCUACUACUUCACUGUCAUCCUCGACAUCGCAACAGCCUUCAAAAUCAGGAAAAUCGGCACAUUCAGGCAAUACACUUACCAAUAACAACACAAAUAACAGUACAACAAGGCUUAGUAGAAACCGUGCUAGUAGUGUGAGUGCUAACAGUUUGUCUGAGUUUGUUGAAAUGGAACAAAAAAUUGUCUUUCAAAGUGAUACGUUUGUAUUAUAUAAAAACUUUCAACAUGAACAUCAUUUAAAAGUAGUUUCAUUACUACACAAACAAGCAGAUUAUAUUAACGAUAACAUUAAAUCAGAUGACGACAAAGAAGAUUAUAAUCAGCAACAAAAAAGGGCCCUGAAGAAAAGUGGAAGUAGUGCUGUUGCUAGUACAAUCAUAAACGGUGAUGGUGUGGAUGAAUUAUAUGCACCCCCUUCAAAUGGUACUAAUGAUAGCAAUGAAAGUUUAGCUGGUAGUAGUAAUGCUAACAACAUGCACAGAGUUAAAUCUUCUUCCUUUUCAUUAUCCGGUAUUUUUAAAUUAUCACACAAUAAGGAUCACAAUAGUGGUGGUGGAUACAAUAACAGCAGCAAUGUGAACGAAGCUCUAAGAUCAGCUGCCAAGAAUAUGAACGAUGAUAAAGUCUUUUCGCAUGCUAAAUCUUUAUUGCCGAAAAAUAAAAAUAAAAUUAUUAGGAACGGCCAGGACGGUGGCACUGAUGAUGAUAAUGAUUAUAAUGAUAAUGAUGAUUCCCCUGCAAUUGUGAACCCCAACGCGGCUAUUGGCCAGGACGAGUUAAAAUUAAUCAAUAAUUUAACAUCCAAAAUGAAAAAAGAUGCGUUGAAUUCCAAGGGUAAAAAUAUAACAUUUGAUCUUUUAGACAUGGGGAGCGGUGACAAUACACAUGGAGCAUCUGCAGAAUGUACCUCUGAAUGUGGUGUAUUUAAGAAAAAAUAUGGUUCUUCAAUUGGGAUAUUGGGUCAUGGUGCUUAUGGUGUUGUUAAGGUUAGCUGCAAACUUUUAAAUAGUGCUGCAGAAGAAACAGAAUAUUCGAAAAUAACAUUUAAGAUUAGAAACAAGGCGUUUUUUGCCGUAAAGGAACUGCAGCCCAAAAAUAACAAUGAUGCAUUCGAAAAGUUCUCCACCCGCCUAACUUCUGAGUUUGUUAUUGGACAUUCGUUAAACCAUGUUGGUAGGCAUCCAAAUAUAAUCAAAAUUUUAGAUUUAUUUCAGACGGGUUCUAAAAGUUUUGUUCAGGUUAUGGAAUUUUGCCCCAGUGGGGAUUUGUUUAGCUUGUUGAAGUUGAAAAGCAACAAACUAUUACAUCCGUUGGAAGCGGACUGUUUUAUGAAACAGCUAUUGCAUGGUGUUUCUUAUAUGCAUGAACAUGGUGUUGCCCAUUGUGACUUAAAACCUGAAAAUUUAUUAUUCAGGCCCAAUGGUGUUUUGAAAAUUAGUGACUUUGGUACAAGUUGUGUUUUCCAAACUGCUUGGGAGAAAAGAGCGCAUAUGCAAACCGGAUGUAUUGGUUCAGAACCGUACAUGGCACCUGAAGAAUUUAUUCCUAAAAAUAGUUAUGAUCCUAGACUGGUUGAUAUGUGGUCUAUAGGUAUUAUUUAUUGCACUAUGGUUUUGGGCCAAUUUAUAUGGACCACCCCACAAGAGAAAGAUUUGGUCUAUUCCAGUUUUAUUGAUGAAUUAAAUGCGGAUAACGAAUACCAUGUCUUUGAAGAGUUAAGACACGUUAAUCAAGAAUUAAAUAAAUGCAGAAAAAUGUGCUUAUAUGGAAUUUUUAAGCCUAACCCCGUCAAGAGGAUUACUAUUGAUAGAGCUUUACAAAGUAGUUGGAUGAGACAUACCAAAUGUUGUGUUGUUUACAAAUUAAAGAAAAAAUAA